CAGAGUCUGCAGUCAGGCACUCAGAGGGACUUGGCUCUCCUUUUGAAGCCUGCACAUCUUCAGUUCUCUGCUAAAAGUUGACAAACAUCCACUUCUGCAGCCAUGUUCCAAAGGAAAGCAAUCUCAAUCUCCGGCUCUGGCUCUGGCAGUACUAGCAGGAGGUCUGUUGCUGGACCAAGCAGCUACUCUAUGAAAAGAACAAGUUAUACCGUUGGUUCUGCACCUGGUUACGGCUUUUCAAGCAAUAUUGGUGGUGGUCUAAGUGCUUCAAUGGCUGGUGGUCUUUACAGCCAGCAAGGAAUCGCACCGAUCACAACUGUCCAAGUCAACAAGAGCCUGCUGACCCCUCUGAGCCUGGACAUUGACCCUACCAUCCAGGCUGUGCGCACCCAGGAGAAGGAGCAGAUCAAGACCCUCAACAACCGCUUCGCCUCUUUCAUUGACAAGGUCCGUUUCCUGGAGCAGCAGAACAAGAUGCUGGAGACCAAAUGGAGUCUCCUGCAGGAACAGACCACCACCCGCUCAAACAUCGAGGGCAUGUUUGAGGCCUACAUCGCCAACCUGCGCAGACAGCUGGACGGACUGGGCAACGAGAAGGUCAAGCUGGAGGGAGAGCUGAGGAACAUGCAGGGCCUGGUUGAGGAUUUCAAGAGGAAAUAUGAAGACGAAAUCAACAAACGUGCCGCGGCUGAGAAUGAGUUUGUGCUCCUGAAGAAGGAUGUUGACGCCGCCUACAUGAACAAGGUAGAGCUGGAAGCCAAAGUCGAUGCUCUUCAGGAUGAAAUCAACUUCCUCAGGGCUGUCUAUGAGGCUGAACUCCGUGAGCUUCAGGGCCAGAUCAAGGACACCUCCGUCAUCGUGGAGAUGGACAACAGCCGCAACCUGGACAUGGACGCUAUUGUGGCUGAAGUGCGUGCACAGUAUGAGGACAUUGCCAACAAAAGCAAGGCUGAGGCAGAAACCUGGUACAGACAGAAGUUUGAAGAGAUGCAGACCUCUGCUGGACAGUAUGGUGAUGACCUUCGCACAACCAAGGCUGAGAUUGCUGAGCUAAACCGUAUGAUUGCCCGUCUUCAAAAUGAGAUUGAAGCUGUCAAGGCACAGAGAGCCAACCUUGAAGCUCAGAUCGCAGAGGCUGAGGAGCGUGGUGAGCUGGCCGUAAAAGAUGCUAAACUCCGCAUCAGAGAUCUGGAGGAUGCUCUGCAGAGAGCCAAGCAAGACAUGGCCCGCCAGGUGCGAGAAUACCAGGAGCUGAUGAACGUCAAACUGGCCCUGGACAUCGAAAUUGCCACCUACAGGAAACUGCUGGAAGGAGAAGAGGACAGGCUGGCCAGUGGAGGAUCCAACGCAACCAUCCACGUCCAGCAGUCCUCUGGAGGAUAUUCAAGUUGCAGCGCCGGUGGUGGUUUUGGCUAUGGUGGUGUUUUGGUUGGGAGUUCUGGUGGUGCUACCAUCACCAGGUCCACUGUCACCUCAGUCAAUUCCAAGAGAGCCUAUUAAAAGGAGAGCCAUCCAUCUUCCCUUCAGAAGCUUGUGUUUGGUCUACAUCUGUACACUUUUAUGGUGCUAUCCAAUGCUGUUUAACAUGCUCCACAAGAGAUUGAAUAUCACAAAACUUCCUGAAAGUAUGCUAAGAGUUUUAAAGAACUUCUGAGGGUAAUCAUAGCCUGAAACACUCUAAGACCAAGUCAGUUUGUAAGGCAGUUUUUUCACUCUACACAAACUACCACGAAAAAUUGAAAAAAAAAAAAAUAAAUAAAAGAAGGAACUACUCAGAUGAAAUGUUAAAACUAAGCAAAGAAAACGUGAAAAUAAGUACUUUUGUUGCAGUGUUUUGGACUCAUGAAAUUUACUCAUCAUUAUGCAAUAAUUUGUUGUCUCAUUCGACAUUUAAGUGCUUAUUUUGGAAAAAGGAAAAGCCACUGGCCAAUCCUGAUAAGUAAAAAAAUAUAUAUAUUUGAAAGACUUUAAAUGUUUACAGUUGGACUUUGUCCUGAUUGACUGCUGACUUGUUCGUUUUUCAUGCUUUUCAACUGUUUCACUGCUUAGUUUUGCCUUUCCUCAAAGAUUGAACAACACUGAAACCAGUUUUAUUUUGUACGGUCAUUCUGGGCAGCAUCCUUCAUGAGGUUGCAGCAAAUGGCAUCAGAGACAUCUGAAUAAAAUAAAUCUGAGAAAAAGA